AUGCAGACAAACUUUCUUUCCCAGCAAUUUAGAGCUGGUUUUUUAGCAGAAAACUCCACAGCUUGUCCAGCAAAUGCUACUAUUUGUGAUGGCACAUCUUGUGUAUUACCAGAAGAUAAUUUUAAUCAAACUUUGAGCGUAAUUUUAAGUACUAUUCUAACAAUCCUGCUGGCUAUGGUGAUGUUCUCCAUGGGCUGCAAUGUGGAAAUUAAGAAUUUCUUGGGUCACUUAAGAAGACCCUGGGGUAUAUUUGUGGGUUUCCUUUGCCAGUUUGGAAUUAUGCCUCUCACAGCCUUCUUGCUGUCUUUGGUCUUUAACAUCCUUCCUAUUCAAGCUGUCGUGGUGAUUAUCAUGGGAUGCUGUCCAGGGGGCACAGCCUCAAAUGUCAUUGCCUACUGGGUGGAUGGAGACAUGGACCUAAGCAUCAGCAUGACAACUUGCUCCACGCUGCUUGCAAUGGGAAUGAUGCCACUUUGUCUCCUUAUUUACACCAAGAUGUGGACUGAUGCAGAUGCAAUUGUACUCCCCUACGACAGCAUUGGAAUUUCUCUGGUUUCUCUUGUAGUUCCCAUUUCGUUUGGAAUAUUUGUCAACCACAAAUGGCCUAGCAAAGCAAAAAUCAUACUUAAGAUUGGUUCCAUUGUGGGAGCGGUGCUCAUCGUGGUCGUUGCUGUGGUUGGGGGAAUACUCUAUCAAGGUUCCUGGGUUAUCACACCAAAAUUAUGGAUCAUUGGCACCAUAUUUCCAGCGGCCGGCUAUACUUUAGGAUUCUUUCUGGCUCGUUUAACUGGUCUGUCUUGGCGCAGAUGUCGUACAGUGUCUCUGGAAACAGGAAUGCAAAACACUCAGCUAUGUUCAACUAUAGUACAGCUCUCGUUCACUCCUGAACAACUGGAGUUGAUGUUUACUUUUCCACUCAUCUACAGUAUUUUCCAGCUGACAUUUGCACUACUAAUUUUAGGAGGCUACCGUGUAUACAAAAGACGCUGUGUCAAAACAAAGACAGAUGUUGAGAAAACAGCACCAAAAGAGGAUUCAAAAUCGAGUGCUAUAAUAAAUGGAGGAUUUGUAUCAGAUGAGAUGAAAUAG